AAUGGCCACCUCUUCAGGUUGUGCAAAAUGAAAGUGGACAAGUCUAAUAAAUAGAGGGUUUCUGGACCAAUCUUCAGUUCGAUUCCACUCAACUGAGAGGUACAGAGACGAUAAAGAGAAGUCCCUUCAGCAGAAAUCUCACCAGUACCCCCCAGGCAUUCAAGAUGAAAAGAGCAGCUAUUCUGACCAUCCUGGUUUUGCUCCUGUGUGCCAUGACUGCGGAGGGGAUUCCAAUCCCAGGAAUCCAGGGACGCUGUAAGUGUAUCCUGACUACCACCAAGCGUUUUGACCCAAACUUUAUUCGCAAUGUAAAGUACAUUCCCAGAGGACCUCACUGCGUGACAACAGAAAUAAUUAUCACCAUGAAAAAUGGGAUGAAAGUUUGCAUGAAUCCUAACACCAAAUGGUUGAAGACUUUCAUUAAAGCCAUAAAAGCUACCAGACUGCAGAAGUGAGGUAAAAGACCCUGACGGAAUGAAACUCAUUUCCACAGACAUAUCGCCUGAACAAUAACGAAUAGUGCAACGAAUAAGCUUUCGGCAGUGUGCUAUGUUACUCAUGUUAAUCUCCUGACAGCUUGUUCUAUUACUUCCUGUUUUUUUGAAAACUUUUCCACCUUUCAAGCCUGUUGCUUUUGCACCUUAGAAUUUUAAAGAUAGAAAUCAAUUAAAAUGUGCAAUCAAAUAAGUUUGUGAGAUUUCUUCACAGGAAGUAAUGUACAUAGUUUACAAAUUGUAUUAUGACUCCAUUCAAUUUAUUUUCCCAUCUCAGUAACAUUUGGAAAGUAAUUUCCAAUUAACUAUCACAUUCCUGAUGAAGGGCUUUUGUCUGAAACGUCGAUUUUCCUGCUCCUCGGAUGCUGCCUGACCUGCUGUGCUUUUCCAGCACCACAUUCUCGACUCUGAUCUCCAGCAUCUGCAGCCCUUGCUUUCUCCUAAAUAAUUAGGUACAAGAGUAACAUGAAAUAUGUUUGUAAAACUGUUGAAAAAUUAAAUAAGUCAGAGUUUUAGUUCCUAUCUUUAAUUGUUUCAAGUAAAGUGAGACAUGGGCAUUAAUGUUUGCAUAACUGUUUUCUCAGUUCCAUUUUGCAUGGAAAUAUUGUUCAAAAUGAACUUGUGCCUUGAUUACACACUACCUCAUAAGCUCUCUAUGUGAGAUUUGAACAUCUGUAGAACCUGAAAUAAUUCUCCUUUAGUAACAUCUAUUAAAAUGGUUUGAAAGGUGUUUCCUGUGACCAUUAAAUUAAUCAACUAAAUAAAGUCGUUCCUUCAUUUCAUUACUUGCAAGUAUGCUAAAAUAUUCCUUCAUUUCAGAACUAUUCUCAAACCAAAUUUUGAUGAAUUUUUCAUUUCCUGCUAACUCUUGUAGCAAGGUAACAAGGUAAAUAUUUUGU